AUGGACCACAGAUCAUCAGACCAAAACCCCAAUGAAUGCGCGAGAAAAGUUUCAACAAUGUCAUUUUCAAUCAAAGGAGGAUUCUUAGGAUUUUUAUUAGGUGUUACCACCACCGGGGCCGCUUCAUACUACUACUUGAUGGACCAAUAUAAGGUAGCCAACAAUGUUGUUAUUGCUGAUGUUGUUGCGUUACAAAAUUCAAUCAACAAUUUGGAGAAACAUGUCAAGAGUUUAGAGGGGAAGAAGUAG